UUUUCGAUUAAGUCUGAAAAGAAUUGUGAAGGAUUUUUUGCAAGUUAAAACUUGAUAUUUCACAGACAAAUAACUAAGUAAAGCCUGCAACUGUGGAUAUCAGGAAUCUGAAGAUUAAAAGCUUGCAAAUUGAAAGCUCUCCAAUCUUUUCAGUUAAUUUGGACAAUAAGCCAAAGAGACGACAGAUCGAAAGCUCGUUUGGCGUGCCGUGACUUGAGGCAAUCAAAAUAGAACGUGUUGAAAAGGGGGAAUCAGCAGAUGCAUUUGAUGGGGAUUUGGGGAUCAGCGUGUUCACUGCGCUCAACAGAUACAAAUUUUGGCAACGGCACCGAAGGGAAGAAGAAAUGCAGCAACAAACACAACAUCUCUCUGGCUUUGCUGUCGCUUCUUCCGGACAUUGACUCAAUCGCGAUGUCAACGGCUUUGGUCUACUGGCAGUCAAUGAACGCCUCGAUGGCUGGCCAUGAGCCCGGCCUGAUCGGUAGCGCGACGGCAACGGUAACAGCUGCGCCGACAGCUGUUCUCGUCGGCUCCUCUUCAUCGUCGUCGGCCUGGCGUCCAUCGUGGAGCAGCUGGAGCAAUGGGGGCAAUGGCAACGGCUAUCAACUGCAGCAACAACAGCCUCCGCACUAUUUGGCCCAAAUCGAUUGCCAGCAUACGAUCAAGAGCUUCGCCUCCAAUCCCAGUUCCAAAUUCAGUGCAACAAUCAACAGCAACAAUCACUCGAACCAUCAUCAGCAACAGCAUCAGCAUCAUUUGUUGUCACAGCGGCCAGCGCAGUUAAGCUUAUCCGCCGGCUAUGGUUCCAGUGGUGGCGCCGUGGACACAUCGCAGGGUAGUGGGAGCGGCGGAGGGGGCGGCGGCGGUGGCGGUGGCAGACAGCGCCAUGCGCCGCUCUACGGACGCUUUGUGGUCGAAGAGGAACUGCCUGCCACGCAUCGCGAUGUUAUGCAUCAUCACUCUAGUCCUUCGUCUUCGUCGGAGGUGCGCGCCAUGCAGGCACGCAUACCCCCGCAUUUUCGAGAUCCGGCCAUUGCACCGUUGCGAAAGCUGAGCGUCGAUCUGAUAAAGACCUACAAGCACAUCAAUGAGGUAUACUAUGCGAAGAAGAAGCGCCGUGCCCAGCAAACGCAGGGCGAUGAUGAUUCGUCGAAUAAAAAGGAACGCAAAUUAUACAAUGAUGGUUACGACGAUGAUAAUCACGACUAUAUCAUCAAAAAUGGCGAGAAGUUUCUGGAUCGCUACGAGAUUGAUUCACUAAUUGGCAAGGGCAGUUUUGGUCAGGUGGUUAAGGCCUACGAUCAUGAGGAGCAAUGCCACGUGGCAAUCAAGAUAAUUAAGAAUAAGAAACCGUUCCUAAAUCAGGCACAAAUUGAAGUCAAACUGCUCGAGAUGAUGAAUCGUGCGGAUGCUGAAAACAAAUACUAUAUCGUCAAGCUCAAGCGCCAUUUUAUGUGGCGCAAUCAUCUGUGCCUCGUCUUCGAGCUGCUAUCGUAUAAUCUGUACGAUCUGUUGAGGAACACGAAUUUCCGUGGCGUUUCGCUGAACCUCACGCGCAAAUUUGCGCAGCAACUGUGCACGGCUCUUCUGUUCCUGAGCACACCCGAACUGAACAUAAUACACUGUGAUCUGAAGCCCGAGAACAUAUUGCUAUGCAAUCCCAAGCGAUCGGCCAUCAAAAUUGUUGACUUUGGCAGCUCCUGUCAGCUGGGACAACGCAUCUAUCAAUACAUCCAAUCGCGCUUCUAUCGAUCACCGGAGGUGCUGCUGGGCAUUCAAUACGAUUUGGCAAUCGAUAUGUGGUCGCUCGGCUGCAUUCUGGUGGAGAUGCAUACCGGAGAGCCGCUGUUCUCCGGUUGCAAUGAGUUCGAUCAGAUGAACAAGAUUGUCGAGGUGCUGGGCAUGCCGCCCAAGUAUCUGUUGGAUCAGGCGCAUAAGACGCGCAAGUUCUUCGAUAAGAUUGUCACCGAUGGCUCCUACGUGCUAAAGAAGACCCUCAAUGGACGCAAAUAUAAGCCGCCCGGUUCCCGCAAGCUACACGAUAUACUCGGCGUUGAGACGGGCGGCCCGGCGGGUCGGCGUCUGGACGAGCCGGGACAUUCCGUGUCCGACUAUCUCAAGUUCAAGGAUCUGAUAUUGCGCAUGCUUGAUUUCGAUCCAAAGACACGAGUCACGCCCUACUACGCCUUGCAGCACAACUUCUUUAAGCGCACCACCGACGAGUCGACCAAUACGAGCGGCGCGGGCGCCACUGCGAAUGCCGGCGCCGGUGGCAGCGGCUCGGGUGGCUCCUCGUCCGCGGGUGGCGGCGGUGCCGGCAGCGGCGGUGGUGCAGGUGGCGGUGGAAGUUUAACUGCAGCGGGCAGUGGCGGCACAGGUCCUGGUGCUGGUGGCACCACUGGCAGUGGACCCAACGCCAGUAGCAGCAGCAGCAGCAGCGUCGUCUCCUCCAGCGCAGCAGCAGCGGCAGCCGCUGCAGCUGCAGCAGCAGCAGCCAGCUCCUCAUCUUCGGGUGGCAGCAACAGCAUCGGCGGCGCUGCCAAUCAACAGCAACAGCAGCAGUCGCUCGUCUCCAGCAGCAACAGCGGCGCCAUCGAUCCACAAUGUCUAGGUCUGUUAUUGCACCAUGCGAACAACAACAGCAACAACAACAACAGCAAUGCCAAUGCGAUGAACUUUUCGGCGCUCAGUCUGCAGCCGCAGCCAGCGACAACAGCGAACAGCAGCAGUAGCCUAAACAACAACAUUAACAUAAACAACAAUAACAGUCUGAAUAGCUUAAAUCACAGCAGCAGCAGCGUCGGUGUCGGCAUUAGCGGCGGUCGCCGCAAUAUUUAUAUGAGCAAUAGUUAUCCGCACGCCAUGGACUGUGAUCCGCCGCUGGGGCAACAACAAAUGCCGCCGCCGCCGUUGCCGCCCGUCUCGGCUGCUACUAUGGCAGCGGCAGCACUACGCCUCGGCCAGCCGCCGUUCGGACGCAUGCGCAGCAGCGGCGUUGCCAUUGCGCCACAUCAGAAUUUCAGCAGCAUUAAGCAUAACGGUAAUGUAGUACAACCGCCACCACCGCCGACGUCGCUGCUGCUGCCGCCGCUGCCACCACCCGCCGCACAUCAACAAAUGCAACUGCCGACACAGCCGCAGCCGCAUCACAGUUAUGCGCCAGCAUCGUUGCCGCUCGACUUGAUGCAUCACUAUGGCAACAUGUCCGCCGCUGCGUCACAUCUGAUGAUGACAGAUUCGAGCGUUAUCAGCGCCUCUGCUGCCGGCGGUCCUCCAGCUGGUUCCGGACCGGCCUCAUAUGGGGUGCUACUCUAUCAUCCACAGCCGUUAGCGCCACUGCAGCUGCCCAUGCCGCUGCCAGCGUCUGCAUCGACAUCAUCAUCACUUGCUGCAUUGCCAGCGUCGGCAGCGACGUCAGGCAGCGUUAGCUCUGCAGCGGGUGCCAGCAGCGAUGCCUCUUCGUCGUCGCCCAUGGUGGGCGUAUGUGUUCAACAGAAUCCUGUAGUUAUACAUUAGCGUUACCUGCCGUCUAUAUAAACUAUAAUUUAACA